AUGCCAGCUCUCUCGGCUUGUACGGCAGAAAUCGAUCUUCCGCAGACUGUCAUUGCUGAUGCGUACAAACCAAAUGAUGUGCUUCUGGCGGAUGUGGAUGGUGAUGGAUGGCUUGAUGCUGUCUUGGUUGCUGACCGGCCUGGUUCUCACAAGGCUCAGAUCGUCUGGUUGCCUUACUCGCCUGUCCUCGAUGGCUUUAGAAAUCCAGUCGUGGCCCUCACUCUUGAUUCGGGCAAUUUGGCCGUCUUCAAGCUGGUCGACUUUGAUGAUGAUGGCUACAACGAUGUUCUGCUCGCCACCAUGGGUGCCGACAAGCUCUCCAUCUACCGCAAUCUCGGCGAGGGUGUAUUUGCCACCGCCCCGUUGUACGCCUGGGAAGGCGUCAUGUUCAACGAAGUCUCACUGGACGUUGGUGAUUUUAACGGUGACUCGCGGACAGAUCUGCUGCUCGCCUCACAAGAGGGCGACAACCGACUGCUUUUGGCCUUUCAGAGCCCGCUCCAUACCUUUCCGUAUUCGCUCAACAAUUACGUCUCGUUGGGGGCGUCUAUUGAGUACAUGAUGCUGGCUGUGGCCUUUGACUUUGACGCAGAUGGUGACGACGAUAUCGUGGCAGUGUACAAGAACCUGCCAGAUCCAACGCCGUCGCCGGUACCGGAGUACUGCCUUGUCUUUGUGGACUUUAUGGGCUGGCCGGCGCUUGCUCCGGAACCGUGCGAGGCGCAAAAUGCUCCCGGCAUCACUUCCGCAGGCAACAUGGUGGCCGGCCAGCUGACGCCGAGUGAGACCGGUGUGGUCUACACAUCACGAAAUGGCGAUCUGCGGUGGGCUAGGUUCUCUGGCGGUCGCAUGUUUGUCGACAGCCAAACGUUUACCUCCAAGUCUACUGCCAGGCCGGCUCUUUACGACGUCAACGGCGAUGGAUUUAUCGACCUUGUCAUUGGUGACGGGUCUGCUGUCCAGUACUUGCGGUUUGACGCCAUCCAGUUUCUCGGCGACACGGAUCCGGCGCUGUUCGACACAGGCUCCCCUUCUAUCACGGGUGUGGCGGUUGGCGUGAUUGGGGCGGGUCCGCUUCCAUCGGUUGUAGCCGCCUACACCGACAGCAACGCUGGCGCGGCGCAGCUCAUUGACAGAGUCCCGGGCAUGUCUUGGGUGGUUGCUGAUGUCCUCGCUGCGCCGUCUCGGGCCUCGUUUGUACCGCUCGUUGGAGACAUAGAUGGUGACGGAGUGGCUGACAUUGUCAUUGCCGACGCCGCACCGGACUCGCACGGGCUGUUCUGGUACAAGGGGGUGGCAGGCGAAGCCUCGUUUGGGUCGCGUCGCGGCAUCUCCUCGACUUCGCUUGGCAGCGUCAAGGACGCAGCGCUUAUUGACGUCGACGAUAGCGGCGAUCUCGAUGUUGCCUUUCUCAUUUCCGGUGAUGUCGAGGUGUACGUCAACCAGGGCGAGGUGCAGCCGACCUUCUUGCUCGGUGCAGCGCUGGCAACUGGUCUCACCAACGCAGAGCGGCUGUACGCAGCCGACGUGGACGAUGACUCCCUGACCGAUUUGGUCGUUGUGAUUUCGGCGAGCCACACUAUCGCUCUGCUCCGUAACACCGGCGGUGGCGUCUUUGCCGAGACCAGCAUUACUAUCCCGGGCAUGUUUGUCGACAAGGUCAUCCUGGCUGAUAUGAACGGCGACAGCUUGCUCGACGCGGUCGUUCCGAUGCCACAGAACACAUCACUGGGAUGGAUCCCCUACGUUGCGUCACUCAACGGAUGGUCGACCGACGCCAUGGUUGUUGUUGCCAGCUCGUUCUUUGUCCAUGUCCUCGACGCUGGCGACAUGGACAACGACGGCGACAUCGAUCUUGUUGCCGUUCAUCCAUCCACUGGUACCCUGACUUGGUUCCUUGCGCUUGACGGCUCCAGCGGCACCGCCUUUGACAGAGCCUCGUUGGAACUGAGCACUGUGGGUGGCAACGCUCGGGCAAUCUCGCUCAGCGACGUCAAUGGCGACGGAAUGCCGGACGUGAUAAUUUCGUUUGGGAGCCCGACUGGCAGUCUCGUCUCACUUCUGGGCUAUCUUUCGACGUCGGGUAUUGGCUUUUCUAUUCCGCAACCGCUCGCCACGGGCUUGGACAUUACUCGGCCGGCAUUUGCCGACGUCGACGGCGACGGACGAACUGACACAGUGGCUGUCAACACGGACGCGGUAUCAGCCACCACUGCCACACUGGUUCUACGCACCGAUGGAGAACGCAAGCUCCGGAGCUUUUAUCCAAUCACAUUGAGCGACUCGGACGGUGCUGGGGUGAUCGACAUGGCGUUUGGCGACGUUGACGGUGACGGUCUCAUCGACGCGGUCGUGGUCUCAGCUUCAGAGUCGCGGGCCAUGGUUUAUCGCAACACGGCCAACGGCAUGUUUGGCACCGGUUCAGAGUUGCCCAGCAUGGUCACGUCGCCUGCCGCGGUGGCUGUGGCCGACAUGGACGGCGACGGUGAUCUUGACGUUGUCGUUGCCGCUACCCCAAGCGUGGUCUGGUUCGAGAAUGUCGAUGCUGCAGGCACCUUUUCUCGUUCCGCCGGCGGCUACAACAUCGGCGAAGGCUUCACCGUUCGUUGGAUGGACGUGGCUGACAUGGAUGGCGACGGCGACGCAGACAUUGUCCUCUCUUACCUUUCCACAGUCGAGUGGACCGCCAAUGUGGCAGGCACUGGCGCAAUGUGGAGUAGCGGCAAUGCUGUUGCCACAGUUGAGGCCGACACGGGCGCGGUCGCUGACAUCGACAACGACGGCGAUUAUGACGUGGUCGUGUGCGUGGCGGCGACGCAGUCGGUGGCCUGGCACGCCAACACCGGUGCGGGCUUUGGCACGGCGCAGGCCGUUUCGACGGGCGCCUUCAACGUGACGUCUGUGGUUGUCGGCGACGUCAACAAUGACGGCACGAUCGACGUGGUCGGCGUCAACAAGCUGGAGAACUCGAUUGCGUGGUUCCGCAAUGUGCCCAGCGGCGGCAGCGCUUGGGUUGGACAAACUGUAUCCGAUACCUAUGCAGGCGCGGCGAGUCCCGUGCUCGGUGAUGUCGACGGCGACGGCGAUCUUGAUCUUGUAGUUGCUUCGAGCGUGGCUACUCAGUCGACGCUGUUUGUCUUUGACGCAGGGCUCGGCAGCUUUGCUCGUGACCAGGACGUGUACCUCAGCCACAUGACGAGUGAGGCAGCGAUGGCCGACUGGGACGCCGACGGCGACGCUGACAUGCUCGUUGUCGACACGAUGAACAAUCUUGUUGGUCUUCUGGCAGCGACUCGGACUGGAGCGUUUGCGUACCAGCCAAAGGUACGUUCGUUCUCGAAGCAGCUGCUGGGAUGCACCAAAGGCUUGGCGAACGGGUUUGCCUGUGUGCGGGCCAACGUGGGCGGAGCAUCGCGGUGCGUCCGUGACACUAUUGAGCUUCCGGCGGCCACGUACAGCUGUGGUGUGGGCGCGCACGGGCAAAUCAAGCAUGCGGUGACGAUUGUUGGCCCGUCAGGCGCAUCGCCGACUGCGAUCUUUGACUGCAACGGCGACGGUGUGCUGUUUCGUGCGAUGAAAGAGACGAGCGUGUUGUCGCGGACCUGGCCGGGAGCCGGCAAUGUUGUGCUCAAGUCUGUGGCGGUGGUCGGCGGCUCGACAGGCCGCGCGUCGCUGUACGGCGCACCAACGCUCCGAGCCGAGGGCAGCGGAUCGGUUAUUGCACUCGAGGGCUCGACAAUGGCGCAGUGCGAGUCCAAGGCGCGCGACGUGACCGGAGACCUCAUCGACGUCGGGUUUGGCGGCGCCAUGCUGGCCAAAGGCGGCGGAAGCGUACAGCUUCUGGCUGGGUCAUCCAUCUCAGGCUCCAGUGCGGCAUUUUCUGGCGGCGCCCUGUACGCGGCCGGCGCCGGCUCUUCGGUCAUCGUUCGCGACUCGGUGGUCUCGGGCUGUUCGGCGAGCGAGGGUGGGGCGAUUCUUGUGACCUCGUCUGCGAGCGCGACGGUUGAGAACGGGCAGAUUUCCGGGUGCAUUGCCGGCCUCGGUGGCGGAAUUCGAGUGGCACGGGCAGCGAGCGUGUCUGUGACGAGCAGCUCGAGCGUGUCGGCUAACACGGCGCUGGGCUCUGGCUGGGGCGGCGGGCUUGCCAUCGACGGCGACGCCAAGGCCGAGGUUGUGGGCGCCACGCUCGAGUCCAACGUGGCCGGCUUUGGCGGCGGCAUCGGGGUUGUGCAGAGCAGCCUGGCAAGCGCGGUGGCGAGCUCAACACGGUCUGUGGACUUACCGAUUGUAUCGAGCACGCUUGCUGGCAAUGGACUGGCUGCAGUGGGCGCCAACACGACGCUGGUGACGCUCUCGGGCGUGACGCUGCGAAACAAUGUGGCGGACCGGGUCGGCGGCGGAAUUUUUGCAUGCGGUGGAGCUGUGGACGUGAUCGGCUCUGCGACGACGUGGGAUGGCAACGUGCGCGACGGGCUGAGGCAAGACGGUUUUGUCUGCCGUUGGAGCAGCACGAGCGUGGCGGUGAGCCGGACGCCGGCAUCGAUGCUGCCAUGGAUCCGGAUGGACGCGGCAGCUGAAGCCGCAACCAGCAGUGGGAGCGUGGGCGGGCCGUUGACCGCGCUCCGUGCUGUAGACGUGGCGGCUGCGGCAGCGACACAGGUUGUGGAGCCCGGAUCAGGCCUGGAGCUUGAGUUUCAUGGCGAGGACUGGCUCGGUCAGAGCAUGAUCGAGCCGGGGGUGGAGCCUGUGCUAUCCUUUGCGGCGGUGCCCGGCCUGUACACUGCCGGAACGAGUACGACGAGCUUGAGCUCGGCCAAGACGGCGAUGCCGCGGCUGACGCUGCAGGUUGGGGUUGCAGGGCAGGAUACGCUCCCGCUUUCGACGACGUGGAGCCUGUCGGCAGGAGAGAGUGUGACUGGGCUGAGCGGCAGCGUGCGCAUUGAUGGGUGCGGACCAGGCUCGGGCGCAGUUGCGACGACGAACGACGGCAGUGGAGAGAGCGUGCUUGUUUGCUCUGUGUGCGCGCUCGGGACAAGCGCCGGCGCGACAUCGAUGGCGCCGUGCGAGGCGGUGGCGGGCUGCCCGGCCAACACGCUACGAGUGACGAGCAUCAACGGGACGUCUGCGUGCGAGUGCGAGGUGGGAUUCUUCGCGCCAAGCGGCUUGACAGACGUGGCGUGCGAGGAGUGCCGGGCGGGAGCCAGCUGCGCCGGCGGAGUGGCCCAGCCUGUACCGCAGGUUGGGUUCUACGACGCAGGCAACCUCACGUUUGUGCGGUGCCGGCGGACGGCUGGGUGCCCCGGCGGAGCCGGCGGGUGCGCAAUCGGGUACGAGGGCUACAUGUGCAACUCGUGCACCAAAGGCUUUUACUCUGACACGGACGGCGAGUGUCGGACGUGCCCGCCGACGGCGAGCUCGACGUUUGUGCAGUUUGCGAUUGGGCUUGCGGUGGCGUCAUCGGGCGUGGGCGUUUGCCUGGCGCUGAUGCAGUCGCGGUCUGCGCGGCGGGCGGCGGCGACCAACUCGUCUGCGGCAAACCUGAGUUCAGAGGCUGCGCAGCUGACGCGAAUCCGCGAGUUUCGACGGAUUUCGACGCCGGCGACGGUGUCGAUGGUCCUUGUGGCGUUCCAGGUUGUGGGCAUUCUGGCGGGGUCCAAGUUUGCGUGGUCGUCGCGAGCAAGCCAAGUGCUCGGCGGGUUCUCCGCGUUCAACAUCGACAUCUCGUUGUUUGCAUCCGAGUGCGCGCUGGACAGCUUUCACACCAAGUACCUUGUGUCGAUGGCAGCGCCUGUGGCGAUCAUUGUGGUUGGGGUGAUUGUUGCGCUUGUGUGUCGCCUUGUGGGCCGCGGGCCGUUUUCCCCGCUGGUGGUGCUCCCGCUGCGGACGGUGUGUGAGUCUGCGCUGUUCUCGAUCACGCCGCUGCUGUACAUUCCGCUCUCCAAGGCGACGCUUGUCCUGUUUGACUGCACCAAGCUUCCGAACGGCGCGUUUGUGCUCGACGUUGACCCGGGAGUGUCAUGCUUUGACGCCUCGUGGUGGGGCGUGUUCCCGGUGUCGCUGGCGUCGUGCGCGUUGUUUGUCCUUGGGCUUCCGGUCUACUUUGCCAUUUCGUUGUAUCAAGCACGGGCGAGUCUGGCGACAAGCGAUGCAAUGAUGGCGCGGCUGGGCCCACUGUACCGCCUGUACCGGUCUGUGUUCUACCUCGGUGAGGUGGGCAAUCUCGGCAAGCGGCUGGGCCUUGUGGUAACGGCGACGUUUUUCUCCGACUCGCAGAUGGUGCAGAUUGGGCUGAUGCUUGCGAUUUUCCUGGCAUGGACCGGGAUGGUGCUGAGAGUGCGGCCGUACUACCAUCCGCUGUAUAACACGGUGGACGUGUACCUCAACACGAUUCUCAUUGCCAUUCUCAUUCUGGGGACCGGCGCGUACGCGGAGCGGGCGACGACUGCGGACAACACAGUGGGCGACUGGAUGGCGAUUAUUGCCGUGGUGGCGCUUGCCCUGGUCUCUGUGUGGGCGGUGGCGAAGGACGUGUGGCUCAUUGUGCAGGCGCGAGCCGACACGUACUCGAUGGCCAAGGAACGGCGCCAUCAAUUGGCAGAUAGCCUGCUCGCUGAAGUGCAAGACAUUGAGGCGACGGGCCGGCUACAGCGCGAGGUGGAGCGGAUUGUGGCAGCGCUCGAAGGCGAUUCGGAGGCGGCGCGCGAGGCUCAUGUGGUGGCGAUGGAGGAUGUAGCGCCGAUGACAGUGUUGGGCGAGAUGCCGAGUCCGGUGCAGUCGUCGUCAUCAUCGUCGACCGAAGCUGGCGGCGGAGCCCGGAGCGCGUCUGCGGCGCACCUUGCGAUCAGCAUCUCGGGCGCAUCGCAGUACACAAGCGUGGACGAGGCCGAGGCGAUGAGUCGCUCCCGCUCCCGCAGCUGUUCCCGCAGCCAGGGCAACAUGGGCCGAUCGGUCUCUGAGGCGAUGACUGAGGACGGCAAGCAGGCGACUCGGCGGCGCGGCGGACGACGACGCAACGCGCCACAGCUUGCGGGUCGCGGUCGGGUUCGCGGUCGCGGUCGCGCGGAUGCGUGA